AUUGCAGUUUUCUCGCUUUUUCCAGGGCACACAAAAUGAACAAGUGGAUGAUUCAAAACAGAUGAGUAGACAAAAGGUGCAAGGAAAAGUCAAGCAUGAGAAGACCUCUGGGGGCAAGAAUAUUCCAUCAGUCUUGGUGAAGAAGAAAAGAGAUAGGAAAGUGGUGGCAUCAAAUGGUUCGGUUGCUCCAAACGUACCUCCAGUAAAGUAUCCUAAGAGCAAAUCGCUCAACGUUAGAGAGGCUCAUGUCACGAAGCAUGGGAAGAAUGACUCUACACCAGCUGAAGGGACCAGAAAAUUCUAAACGGUUGACGCAAAAAUUUCACCAAGAUAUGUAGUAGUUCCUGUCUUUGAAUCUGGUAGUUUGUUUCUCUCUUCGAUACAGGGACAAGCCAAAACUGAAGGCAACAAGGAAACAAGUCAAUGAUAUAGCGAUACAUCUGAAGAUGAUACACAGUCUUCCAAGUAUUUCUUUUUUGGAUGCACUUUUUUUUUUCUGAUUAAAACCUACUUACUUUA